ACUCUUAUCAUCCGAGCAGUGAGCAUAGAGUUGUAAAAUGCCGCCGAGGCGCCGAAGUUUGUUUGUUAUCGAUCGGUAAUCGGUAUUGAGAUUUCGGUUUAUUUAUUAUUUUUUUUUUUUAUCAUAGUAUCAUACCACAAUGGCGCAAUUAUAAUAAUUAUUAAUUAAAAAUAUAAUAACAAUUAACGACGGUUUCAAAAAUUAAGUUUAAUAUACUGCCGAGUGUCGAUGCUGUCGAAUUUCGAUUUCGGAAAAUCGACACCGAACGACAGGCGACAGACGACCAACCACCGCCACACAUGGCCGAAUAGCGUCUGUUGUCGGCGUCAACGCGAAUUGUCGAAAAUUUCACUGUCAACGCCGCCAAAAAAUUGAACAAACAUGGACUUCGACAUCGGAAUAGAACUGCUAAUCCAAUCUCCUGGAAACAUAUGGACACCAGCUUUUAUAGAAGAGGAUGAUGGUGAUGAAAUAUUUAUAUCUUAUAAAGAAGGUAAUAGAGCAAAUGAAUGGAUUAACAAAGACAGUCAUAGAAUUAAACCUAUGACUGAAGAAUGGGAUGACAAAUUGAUAAAAUUUGCGACCCAUUCUGAAAAUAGCUUACCUGAAAUAAAAUCAAUAGUUGCUAAUGUUCCGCCAUCUGAAAAAGAAAUUUCAAAAAAAUCUACUACAAGUGCACGAUCAUCUAGUAUAUUUAAAGUGAAGUUUAAAAAAGAUGAUUUUUUGACAAAAAAAACUCAAGAUUCUAAACAUAAAGAACAAAAAAUAAUAAAGGAUGCUAAGAAAUCAGAUCGUGAGUCAAAACAACUUUUAUUGUGUGGCACUCCUAGUAAUGAAAAACAUUCUACCAGCACAAUAUUAAAACAAUCACACAUUGUAGAAAAUUCAGGAAUGGAAGUUACAAAAGUUGCAGAAAGUAUUAAUUCUUCAAAAACUCCUAAACAUUUGAUAGAAACUAAUUUAUUGAGAUCCGAAAAUUUUGAAGAACUAUUGGAAGAUAUUGAAGCAGAGGCAGAAAUAUGUUCACCAACAAAAUCUAUUUCUCGUAGUGAUAUUAAACAAAAAAAAAGAAAGAAAAAACCAUUUGGUAUAAAAAGACGAUCUGAUAAAAAAAAAUCAAAAUCAAAGAGAAGUGAAAGUAAAAAAAAAAAAUUAGUUGUUAAAUUAAAUUCAAAUAAUGUUAAAACAAAAGUUAGUACGGUGCCAGAUAUCAGCACAUUGAGUUAUACAGAUGAUACAGCAACAUCACCACCACCUUUAAAAAAAAUUAAACCAUCUCUUCCUGAAAUUAUUUUACAAGAAAAUUCAAUACCUCAAAGCUGUUCCCCAUUAUUCCAAGAACUAGCUAACAAUACUCUACUACAAAAAAUUAGAAUGGAAGCUUCCAAUGAACAAGGGUUAAGAUGUCCAAAACAAGAAUGUCGAAAACUUUUUCGAAAAGAAAAUUUGUUAAUGAUGCACAUUAAACACUAUCAUUCCGAAUACACUGAAUUAUUGGUGUCUACUCCAAAUGUAACAGAUCUCGCAACAGCAAGAAUCGAAGGUGAAAAUAUUGAUGAAUUAUCUCCGUCAUAUUUUCUUCAUAGAAUAUCUCAAUUGGAAGCUAAAAGAAGCUGGGGGGGCAAUACGUCUUAUGAAACACCUUCACCAAGCAUAAUUUCUUCAUCAUUAAAAUUGACUGAACAAGAAAUUUGUAGUAAUACCUCUCUCAAUUCUGAAAAUUAUAAUACAUCUUUCACAUCCAAUGACCAACCAAACAAUAUAACUCAAGCUUACGAUUCUAAGGAUUCUGGAUUUUCCGGUAUAGUAGAAUCAUUCAGCUCAAUAACUGAGACACCAGUUAAAGAAUAUGCUCAAAUAAAAGAAGCUAUUAGAAAUAUAACGUUAGUUGAUGAUUUUGAAAAUGAAACUAGAGACAGUUAUGAUAUGAUAAGUAUAGGAGGCUCAGACCGGCAUUUUAAAAUUAAAAAAAAUAAAUCUGAUGUUGAAACUUUACCAAAAGAAGAGGUGAUCAAUUGUUCAUGUGCUUCAAAUCAAGAAGACGGUUUAAUGAUUCAAUGUGAUGUUUGUUUGUGCUGGCAACAUGGUUAUUGUAACAAAAUUGAAUCUGAAGAUCAAGUACCCGACAACUAUACUUGUACUAGUUGUUUAAAUCCUUUGAAGCAAAGACGAUCAAAACAAUAUGACUAUUCACAAGAUUGGAUUAAAGAAGGAACAUUAGCCAGUGUUUUACAACAUAAAGAUGAGCGACGGAGAAAAGAUGAAGCUAUUUUAAAACAAUCUCAUCAGUUAGUAGCUGAGGUGUUAGAACACAGUAAUUAUUUGCACAGUUUACGAGUUAAAACUACAAUUUAUGGUCAAACCCCUGAUCAUCCUAAACUUUAUUUGUGGUCUGAACAAGGUUUAACAAGAAAUGAAGAACCUAUUCAAGAUAAGCUUGAAGAAUUGCUUUCUGGUCCAGUACCUGAAAAACCUAUCAAUAUUUCUGAUUGUAGACAAAAUUUACUGGAAGAAAUUGAAGAUGGCUUUGACAAUUUAGAAGCCAGAAUCAAUUUAUUUGAAGCCAAGACUAAUGGACUUGAAGAUCAAGUAAAUGGCUGCGUAGAUAAUGAAGUCUUAACAAAUACCGUUACUUUGUUGCUACGAGACUUAAGUUCAAUCAACCAUCAUAUGUCAUUUGAAAACAAUAACAAUAACAAAGAAGAAGAAACCGUUUAAAAACAAAUUAUAGUUUACGUGGAUUCAGUUAGUCACAAUAAAGUAACUUUUGAAAUUCGAGAUAAAUCCUUUAUGUAUCGUACAUAAUAUUAAAUUUUUUUAUAAUUUUUUAUUUUAAAGGUAACAAUUGUUUGACAAAGGUUCUGAUUUUAAUUUGUGUUUUGUAGUUGUAUUAAUACAAUUUCAUAUGUUAAAACUGCUCCAGCAACCUGAAACGAAAAUUGAAAAUACCAUUUGUGACGAACUCAUAAAUUUAAUUUUUUUCAAAUUUAUCUUACCCCUAAAAGAAAGUUUCUUGUAAUUGAAAACAUUUUUAAUCCUGUCAAAGCAACAUAAUCUGAUGUGACUUCUUGUAAAAAUCUUUGUGUCUUAAAAAUAAAACGAUAAAGUAAUUUAUUUAAAUUUAAAUAUUUUUUAUUGUAUUAUAUACAGAAUUAUAUGUAAUUUUUGAAUAUUUAUAAGUAAACAAUAAAUGUUAUGAAUUGAUUAAAAACUGA